GAGUAAUAAUUACUAGCCCCUUGAUAAAAUGUUUCAACUAAAAAUACUUCCAUCAUUUCUGAUAUCUCCUUUGUUUGGAAGUGGACGUUUUAAUUGGUAAUAAUAGUUCCAACACCUAGAGGGUCAAUAUGCCACGACAAGCCAGAUCUAAAGUCGGAAUAUUGGGUAUACCAUUUUCAAAAGGACAGCCAAAAGGUGGCGCCGAAAUGGGACCAGAAAUAUUAAGACAGGCUGGUUUAGUCUCAAGAAUAAAGCGCUUCGAUUAUGAAGUUGUAGAUCACGGAGAUAUUGAAAUAGAGUCUAUACCCGGAGAUAAACCGGACGGUAAUGUUAAAAACCCAAGAUCUGUUGGCAGGGCUAAUAAAAAGAUUUCUGAUAAAGUAGCAUCGAUAGUGAAGAGUAAAGAAUUGUGUUUAAAUCUGGGAGGAGAUCACAGUAUAGCAAUUGGUUCUAUACAUGGUCAUUGUCGGGCGGAACCUGGUUUAGUUGUUGUGUGGGUAGAUGCUCAUGCCGAUAUCAACACCCCCCUCAGUUCCCCCUCCGGUAAUAUGCACGGCAUGCCCCUAUCGUUACUGGUCAAGGAAUUGGCUGAUAGGUUUUCACCCGUGGAAGGCUUCGAUUGGUGUAAACCGUGCAUACACGUUCGAGAUAUUGUUUAUAUUGGACUCAGAGACGUGGAUGAAGGGGAAAGAUGGAUUAUAGAUCAAUUUGGCAUACCAGCUUAUUCCAUGCAGGAGAUUGAUAAAAUGGGAAUAAAAGAAGUCAUGCAUCAGGCUCUUAAAAAUCUUGAUCCAAAUGGUACUCGUCCAAUUCACCUGAGUUUUGAUGUUGAUGGUCUGGAUCCAACUAUAACACCUUCUACAGGAACACCAGUUUUAGGAGGUUUGAAUAUACGUGAAGGCCAGUAUAUAAUGGAAGAAUUGGCCAAUACAGGUCGCUUGUCAGCCAUUGAUAUAGUGGAAGUCAAUCCGUUACUAGGCAGCGAGAAAGAUAAUAUGGUAACAGCAGAAACUACCAUAUCCGUUAUUGAGAAAUGUUUUGGUUCCAAGAGAGGGGGAUACUAUCCGGCAAGCUACGUCUUUCCUUCACUCUAACUCUCGUGGAAGUUAUGUACCAAAUAUGGAUAUUAAAAUAUGUUAAUUGCUCACGUUCAUAAAUUAUGUACCAAAUAUAGAUAUCGUAAUAUGCUAAUUACCCACGUGGACAAAUUAUGUACCAAUUGUUAAUUGCUCACGUGGAUAAAUUAUGUACCACAUAUAGAGAUUAAAAUAUGUUAAUUGAUCACGUGAACAUAUUAUGUUCCAAAAAUAGAGAUUAAGAAAUGUUAAUUGAUCACGUGAACAUAUUAUGUUCCAAAAAUAGAGAUUAAGUAAUGUUAAUUGCUCACGUGGACAUCAUGUUCCAAAUAUAGAUAUAACAAUAUGCUAAUUGCACAGUUUCUGCACACACUCGAAAGUUAUAAUUGGGGGUUGUGCACUGUAACUGCUAUAAUAAUAUUUAAACACAAUAUAUAUAUAUGUAUACCUACCUUGUAGGUAAAAUCUAUAACUCUGGGAUAACUGACUUAAUAAUUAUAUUUAUCACCCAAUAAUACAUUCUACAGUAGAUAUCGCUUGUGUGAUAAAUUUCAUAAUUUAUGCUUUACAUGAAUUUGAUUGGUCAGCUGAAAAGGAACUACUUUUUUUAUUUUCAAAGAACAGUUCAUUUUUUUUAUUAAAAGUAACUUCUUUUUUUAUUAAAAAAGAACUAUUUUUAUUUAAUUGACCUUGAUGGAAACGCUGGGUCCAUAAAUAAAAGACUUUGCAAUGGUUGAGUUGUCAAAAAAUGAUGUAUCACUACGCCGUAAUGUAAUCAGGUUCAGUAAAAGUGAAAUCUAUAGCAAAGCAUUAUAUUUAUUUAUUUGUGCAUGUGCCUCGUUUUUUUUUUUUACUUAAUCGACUUAUGUUGAUAUUUUCUGAUAUCAAAAAAAGACUCGUUGGAGACUCUCUAUAUAGUUUUGAAGGGGUUACAUUUUGAAGUUUAGUGCUUGGGAUCUAAAAAAGGUCUUAACCCUAAACUCUGGUUCAGAAUCAGAGUUUCAUUACAUUUUACUUUAUAUCGUUGUUUUUUAAUUACAUGUAUUUUUUGGGUGUGGUCAAGAUAUCUUAUCGGCUUAAUGUUGGGUUGUUCUACUUUUGUCAAGGAAUAUAUCUAAUUUUAUUUUAAGCUUUAUUGAAUUAUUCUUUAUAUUACAAAAAGUAUUAUCAAUUUGUUAUCAUAAAAUCUUAAUUCGUGCAAUUAAGUCUGCUAGCCAGUCUUUCCUUUCGCCAUCGGUGCUAUUUUCAUAAUCUUUUAUCACUUUUCAUGGUACAAUUUUCCAUUAAUUCAUCUUUCAUUUCAUAAGUUUACAUGUUUACAAUCAGCGUCGGGUUUACCUUUAGAUAGGCCUGGGGCCUCAAAAUCUAGGAUUUAGCUAUAGGGUUGAUAGGCUAAAGUCUUGGUCCUCAAAAUCUAGGAUUUAUCUAUAGGCUUGAUAGCCUGAAGUCUGGGGGCCUCAAAAUCUUGGGGUUACUCGUCUUGGCAGACUGAAGUCUGGGGGUCUCAAAAUCUUGGGGUUACUCGUCUUGGCAGACUAAGGCCUAGUGUCUCAAAAUCUAGAGGGGUGGGGGGACCUCCAGCCAAGGUGAAUAAUAUUUUGACACUGGCAUAAGCAUUUCUUACACGUACUGUAGACUUAAGUAGCUGUCAUCAUCCCCGGCCUUGCUCAGUUGCGUUUAAAACACACUUGCAUCUCCCUAUUGGGUGAGGACUCAUUAGUGGAGUAGGCUAGCCUAGGGACCCUUUCCUCUAAAUUCGGGAUUGUUUACACUUCCUGCGUUUUGUUAUUUCUCAAUAUUUCUGUGUAUUAUAUAUUUGAAUUGGAUUAUGGGUAAACAUUUUAAUAUACUAUAUGAAAAUAAA